GACAGGUGCAUUAUGGGUAAUUUCCAACAUGGCGCUAAUUUCAGCUGUUGUAUCAGCAUGAUAUUUACGAAUUCAUAGCUAACUCUGACAUGGUCAAAACCAAUGGGAAGCAUUUUAGAAUGGCGAGGCGAUGCAUACCAAGUUCUUAUGUGCUGUGGUAUGUUCAUUUUACUUUCCUGGGUGCUCACAAAGCUUCUAGGCCUUACGUGGAAGAGGGGAUUUCGCGUCGGCGACCCACACAAGGGACAUCGGUGGUUUAUGACCGAGAUACUCGACAAACCCACUUAUUGCAAUUUCUGUGAGCGUCCUCUAGUAAGAGGGGGAUACUGCGAGAACUGUGCAAUUUCAGUUCACGAGGAAUGCAUUGACGAUGCGACAAAGAGAUUUGCUUGCAAAGUACUGGUUCUUUCCAAGAGAAACUACAUGAACCAUCAGUGGGUCCGUGGUAAUUUGCCUCUCUGUAGUACUUGUAGUGUUUGCGGUUUUCAGUGCGGUACAGAACCUAGAUUAUGUGAUCUACGAUGCGUAUGGUGUCAAGAUAAAACCCACGAUAAAUGUCUUCGUAGUAAACCAAACAUAUGUGACUUUGGCAAGUAUAGAUCUUUGAUUUUGCCUCCACACUGCAUUAGUUUGACAGUUGAAAGUUGGCGUAGCAAGAAGAGGUUUGUUGUUCGUGAAGUUUCUCCGCCUCCGAUCAAGAACUGGAGUCCACUUCUUGUGUUUGCUAAUCGCAAAAGUGGAGACAAUGAAGGAGAAAGACUGCUAAUGGCAUUUAAAAGUGUGCUUAACCCAGUGCAGGUAGAUGAACCAGUUUAGCCAAAAUAGUAGCAGAGCAGGCGAGGGUGCAGUCUGCAGGGUAUGGCAGGUGCCUGCGCAAGUUUUUGUAACAAUAAAUAAGUAAUGAGGGCCUAAAAAGGGCCUUGUACAUGUGAGAUCUCGUCGAGUUCUGCCAUACUCUGCAGACAGGGCAAGGGUGAGAGGGGCUGUGAACUUCCUGUUUCCUUUGCCCCCGGGAAAAUAAUAUAGUCAAAGCUUUGCUUGUGAUCACUCUUGUAACCAACCAGCUCUUGUUACCACCAGCAUCGUAAAACCCUGUUUAAACUGAGACUCACUUAAGCUCUGUAAUGAAAAGCUCUUUUAAGUGACUGCUCCUGUAUGUGACUGCUACAACUUUCGUUAAUUACCGGCCAGUCUUUUCCUUCUUGUGCAAAAUCACUAAGACCCUGUAUAAUUUAAUUUUACCUGAAUGUGUUGGUAAUAAACAGCUAAUCAUUAGCUUUUUGCUACAAGCUAUCGUAAGUGCCCCCCCCCAACCUCCACACACCCCGAUAUGCCUAUCACAUGCUCUAGUUGCGACCACUUUUAUGAAACUUCAAGGUAGUCACUUAUGAGGCCUUUGACUGUACCUUGAUGAAGUGAUUAUGAUGGGUCUGGGGACCUUGCUUUUUACCAAUCAUAUGCAUGGUGAAGCUAAGGGCACCAUACAUAAAACACUUGAUGCCGUUACCUUUGUAAAGAGGUGGCUGUUGUGGCGAGGUGGCAAUUAGUGGAGGUUCAACUGUUCUUCACACCACUGAGUUUUCAAAUGUUAAUGGAAAAACUACUCAGGCUGCUUUAUACUUUUCAAGACACAAAAUGUGGUUGACGAGAGUAAAUUUGCUAGCUACAAGUACACAAGCCUGCAAGAUUCCUGAAGAUGAGGGCUGGGUUAUACUCCCAGGGCUUUCAAUAAGAUUUGAAGUAGGCGUCUGCCCAUAUAAUAGUAGGCGGCUGUGAAUAUUUAGGUGGCCGAAGGCCACCUUUUCUAGGGGGGUCUGGGGUCAUGCUCCCCCAGAAAAUUUUGAAAUUUAGAAGCUCGGAAAUGCGGCCAAAAUGGCCGCCAUCUUUGUUCAACCAACCACGUGGUAAUAGUUUGGGAGCAAGGCUAAAUUUCACUAUGAUACCGCUGAAAAUGGCUGAGCGUUCCUACAAUCAGUUGCGAUUCGUCGCGGUACAGAAAUCGUGUUGAUAUAUGCUUUAUGCCAAAAUUCUCAGGGCAAGAGUACGCUAUAUUUUAUCAGAUUUAUUUCAACUGAAAAAAUGGGUAGGCUGUAAACAUUUUAAGAGUUAUAUUUUUGAAGUAUUUGCUGACAAACAUGGUCAAGUAGCCGGUGACUCGAUGACUCGCAGCCACCUUUUAGCUCCGGCGGUAGCCGGCUUCUAAUGAAAGCCCUGUACUCCUCCCCCCCCCACCCCUAGAUAAAAACCAAAAUAAGUUUUUAUGACAGGCAUGUUUGGCUGUCUUUUGUUUAAAACAAUACAACUACAUCUUUUUUGCCUUAUAUUAUUACAUUAUUAUGUACAUAGAAUUGUAAAUCACAUCAAGAACAAUAUUAUUUUUUCUCUAACUGGACAUCAUGUUUUUCCUUUCCUUGUUGAUUAAGGUUGUAGAUCUCCAUGAAGUGCCCCCUGAAUCCGCACUUGAGUUUUGCAAGUUGCUGCCAGAUCACAGGACCCGUAUUCUGGUCUGUGGUGGUGAUGGCAGUGUUGGCUGGGUUCUUGCUGCGUUGGAUAAAGUUAAGUUAAAAGUAUGUAAAGAUCAGCUUAUUGCUUUUGCCUGGCUGUUAUUACUAAGACGGCCAUACAUGGUAUGCAUUCAAGUUUUUGGUAUUCUCGAUGCAAACACUUUAAACUUAACUAAUGAAGAUAACAAAUGGUCUAAACUUCACUAUUUAGGCAAGUUAAAAGUAAACAUGUGAAAGUUCAAUAAUGGUGUGUUUGUAUGUUAAAAGGCAUUGUGAUUGCCCAACUAAAAUAAACGAUUAAAAUACCAAUAAUAUGGUCAGUUAAAAGUUUGGUCCUUUUCAUGAAAGUACAAUUUCUCUGGCAAUAACAGAGGCAUAAAAGAUCAAUUGUCUUCUCUAAUUUUGCAGCUUCCUCCACAUAUUGCCAUUCUUCCCCUUGGUACCGGUAAUGACCUGGCACGAGUUCUUGGAUGGGGAAGUGGUUACACAGGUGAAGAAGAUGUCAAUGAAAUACUGACAUCUGUCAUGACAGCAAGAGUAACUCCACUUGACAGGUGCAGUCAUCUGUAGUUAAAAUUUUAUGGCCAGACAUAUAGAGAAUGAGGCAUCCUAGUAAUAAGCUCCUGCUCUUUCUACAUGUAGUUCAUAUCAAAGUUAGUAACUACAAUUUUUAUGGUAGCUCAAACUUAGUAAAAUUUUAAGGUGUGCAAACUUAUGUUUGGGUUUGAAACUUUGGACAAAGGGAAGAAGAGCUCCCUCCAAAAUCUGUCGGCUGACUGUUGACCAACAGUCGGCUAACACUCAGCCCUCAACUGACUAUUGUUUACUGUCUUAUGUGAAAUUUUUCCACCAACUGUUGACCCAAUGUCAGCAGACAGUAUACUUUGUUAUUUUUUCGUUUAAUUGUUCAUUUUUUAGUUGCCCAGGGCACCCAUUUAUAACAGCUUCAGCUGACGGGUUUACCCAGGUUAAAUAUGUUAUUACUAUCAUUAUUACCUUACUGUAGCAAUAUAAGAUGAAUGAUAUCUGUGGUUAAUGGUGACUAAAAAAAAUGAGUUAAACGAACAGAAAUUUUGACAUUUAUUUGUUUUCUCUUAUAGAUGGAAAGUAACUAUAGAAAGUAACAGGGGUUACUUUGAUGUUAGAAGACAUAAAAAAGUGAGUGCAUACCUAAAUCAAUAUUCAACUGUCAUUUUAUUUAGUGAAGUAAAGUGUGACCAGCCCUCUUGAGAGACUAGAAAAAAGAGUCCUAUUCUUUCAUUUGCAAGUAGCCGGGUUGUAAUGAAUGCUUGCUCUAUUCUAUAACACUAUUAUUAUCCUCUUAGCCUGGUCUUGCAAGCUUUACACGUAACCUAUCUCUCUUUUUGCUGACUUUGUCUUUGUAAUAGUGCUUUGUCCAUGAAGGUGUUUACACAAGAAGUAGAAGGGUGAAGCUCAUUCCAUGUCAUCUUUUUGAUAAUGUUAAUUGUUUCACUUCCUACUUCUUUAGGUAUUUUGGAUGAAUAAUUACUUUUCAGUUGGUUGUGAUGCAAAAGUCGUUUUGAACUUUCAUCUUCAUCGUGAAAGCCAGCCAUCUUUAUUUACAAGUCGUAUCAUUAACAAGGUAACAUUGUGAACACGAUCAUUCCUGUUUUAGCCUUCCUCCUCCUGAGAACAAAAAAAAAACGAUCAGUUGGUUGAAUUACUUCUAACACUGAGUCUUGUGAAAAAAAUCAUACAAUAGCUUACUGCUUGAAUGUGAGCCUUAAUGAUAUGAUGAUCAUGGUGAUGAUGAUGAUGAUGAUGUGAUCUUUAAAGGAUAUUUUCAAGUUUUGUCUAUAACGUUUUAUGUGUUUCCAUGCAUGUGCAUGCUGUUAUCCAUAGUAAUAAAUAGAGUUUUCUUUUCUUUUCCUUCUCAUAUUGUAACAGGCAGUGUAUGGAUUAUAUGGAGCCAGAGAUGUCCUGGAGCAAGAUUGUAAAGACCUUCAUGAACUUGUUGAGGUACAGAUUCAGUAGAUGCACUGUAACUGGGCCCUGAUAGGGGGAUCUACAGGUGUAUAUGGGAUUGGAAAGGGAUGGGACUGGAAUAAGUACCCAGAACUCGAACGUUGUCCCUACAUUUUGUCAUGUAUGUGGCGAGGUAUCUUUGGCAGUGGGUUUGAAUAUCAAAUGUACCACUUAUUGCAAAAAGUGUUUUAUGCAGUUUUUCUAUGUCGCACACACAAGCCUGAAUAUCUUUUUGUCAUUUUGCAGCUGGAAAUGGAUGGAAGGAAAAUAGAUUUACCUGAACUGGAAGGGAUUGUGGUCUUGAAUAUAAACAGUUGGUGUGGGGGCUGUGAACUGUGGCUGGGUAAUGAACAUGAACACCCCUCUCCUCCAAGGUUAGUUCAUUAACAAUCUAGUAAUAAUAGAUAAUAAUAAUAAUGACUUUUAUAUCACAGUAUUUUCACUGAAAGGUGGCUCUUCAUCUGUAAAAUUUACAUUAAUAUUGAAAAUAAUAAUAGUAAUAAUGAUAUUAAUAAAAAGCUAUAGCUAUGUACAUUAUUAGGGAUGCUACUGACAAAAGUUAAAGUAAUCUAGAAUAUAUUCAAAUCAACAAAUCAAACGUACAUUUGCCCUAUUUAUCAGAUACUUCAUCCCUUGUGUUUUAAAAUCACUAAAAAAUACAGGGUUCCUUGCAGCAGUGGCGAUGUUGCACCGAACAAUGUGAAGAAAAAGCAACCAAACAAACAAACAAAAUAAAUUCCCAUGUAGCAUCAUACACUGGUCACGUGGUAGGGAUUCGUAGUGAAAGUAGGUUGAGUUAUGGCAAGUUAUAAGCGAGUGGUGCUGUUAUGCUACUCAGUCUGCUGUGUAAAUAAAGUGGUACUUGUGAGCAAUACGGUGCUAAUCUUCCACCUCCCACAACUUAAGAGCGAAUGCACAGAAAAAUCGAGCAAAAUCGGCAAAUCGUGGCCACAGCUCAAAACCUAACUUACUCUCAUUUUCAGUCUGUAAUAAGGUUUUAAUGAGUUUAUAACACUGCUGAGGUUUAAAUUUCAAAAUGCGGCCGAGUUUGGGAAUUAUUUGAGAUUUUCGAUUUCAACGGUCUGCGGGCCUAAAAUUAGCCGCCGAACACGGCAAUAUAGCCUAGCGACAGAAAUGAGCUGACUUUCAUAAACGAGCGAAUAUAUUGCCAAUCUUCCACUUAAAUCUCAAAAAGCAGAUAUCUAACAAUUUCUGAAUGGCUUAUUUUUUAGAUUUAGAGUAUAAAAUAUCGACGAACCAGCAGAAUUUUGAAACGUAAUUUGCAUAAUGCUUAUAAAUACAACAAUUUACCGCUAAAACCAAAAUCGAAUUUUCUAUAUGGGGGAAUUCUCCAAAUCACCCCAAAUCCCGCUUACUAACUAAUGAGAUAUAGUACUUCAACAUUAUCUGAAAGUUAGUCUGGUGUUCUUGCGAACGCUUGUGAAAUAGAUUGAUUAUUUUGAAGUUAUUUUGCCCCAAACAACUGCUAAUUGACCCCAGGGUCAAUUGACACGUGCACGUCACCUUAGUUUUAUGCAUCGAUUUGAGCUCGUUAAAAGGGAGAAACUAACAAGAUUCUUUUAAUAUGUACUUGUGUUAAUGAAAUACACGCAAUCCUCAAAGGAGAGGCCGUUCAAUGGGUAAUUUCUGUUCUUGAGAUCUUGAAGAUUGCAGCAUGGCGUCUGCGAGUGGACCUGAGUCUAGGUCUGUUUUCCCGUGACUGCGAAAUCAGAAUAACAUCAAGAAAUAAUUCUCCCUCGUAUCUUCGUAAGUGAAUCAGCUUUGCAAUGCCUUACCUGAGAUAAAAAGUGGGCCGAAUGGCAAAACAUUUCCAGCGCAAUUUGGAUCCUUUGUCGAACGCAGUGUAUUGCCGAGCGAAAGGUCAGUAAACAAACGUGGGAAAGUACGUUGCCUUUGAUUGCGUGACCAGCCAGUAAACGAUAGUCUCCAGCGAAAAAUAGGAUUCGCAAAAAUCUUGCUGAUGUAUAUUUAACAGUUUGUUACUAUAAAUUUACACCUGGUUUGUCUAAAACUUUAAACAAUGCAUAUCUGUCCAAGAGUAUAAGAAUGUUUCGAAAGAUCCACCCCUAAAUAACUGUGGGCUAGUCCUUUUUCCCCAUCACCGAUGUGUACUUCCUUCCCACUGUCUUUUGCAUGGGGCUUGUAUGCCUUUUUAACUGUUAUCGACACUUAAAACUGGCCGUUUAAGGUCUGGUUUAAGAACUUGACUGACUUAAAAAACCGUCGCGAACAUGCGCUAUUAUUGUUGGACUUUGGAAGCUUAAAAGCUCAAAAUGAUGGUGCAAUUUCGAGAAAUUUGCCCGGGUCUAAUAAAAAGACAGGGAACGGGUACUAAGAAAGGGACGGUCUCAUUUAGCAACCCGUGGACAAUCUGGGCAUGCUUGCCUUCUGUCGAAGGGGCAACCGUUAAGACCAGGUGCCCCCGCCCCCACCCGAGAGGAUUGCAUGGCAUCCACCAUUUCAGUCGCUUUUUCCACAUCAUGACCUUCAAUUAUCAUGAAUUAUAAUGCGGGCCUUGAUCGUUGCCACCUUACCAGAAGUCUAAUCUUCGCACUGUUAGACCAUGAGAAUCUCUAUUAUUAUUCCAUAAAUGCACCAUUGAAUUUUCCUUGCUCAGCUUCCGGGAAACCGAUACCCCGAAGCAAAAAUAGCUUUACAACGACUCUAUCCAGGCCAGAACUCCUGAUAUCAACAAAUAUACCCCCCCCCCCACUAAAGAGAGCAAACGUUCCCCGAAAUAUUCACUUGACCCACCCCAUCCCUUCGUUAAGAAAAACUACGCGCUCAGUUCACUGGACAAAACGCGCUCGUGAAUAUACCAAGCUAUAGCCGAAUAUCCUACAAGCAAUCUCAGUUUCAGCAGGCGUGGCCACGUUUCCAGUUGCUGUAGGAUUAAUUCGACUCCUGCAACAGACACUGUAAAUUAAAUAGCAGCCACAACGCCCUUCUUUGAGACCGUCAGGUCGAGAAAGUUUAUAAAAGACUUAACAGGUGCGCGCGGCGGUUUUCUUUUCUUCCUUCCCUCCCAUUGUAGCACUCAAAUUCUGACCCUGGUAUUUAUUCUAGUAGUAAUCAAUCGUUCCUGAGCCGAUAGGCACAAGGAUACCGGUUUCUUGCAAAAUAUGCUGUGACAUCCGUUUGCUCAUUCCCUUUUCUGCCUUCGGCCGCUGAUUAGGUUUGGUUCUGUGCUUUGAAAUAACUUUAGGAACGAAACAUGAUACGUGAGGGGCGUGCUAAGGGCAAGUGACUCUCGGUGGUGAAGACAUAUAUUGAGCUUGUCAGUAUUUCGUAACCUGUAGCACGUCGCGAAAAUAGAACAAGCAAAAAGAAAAAUAAGACGCCUUUCUUUCCCCAGCCCCCGCAGGUUUUUCGCAUUACUUUUUACUGCACAACUGAUUCUACCUUUUCGAGCCGGAGCGAACAUGGACGCCCUUAGGGUUAAGUUUCCACUUCAUUUUCGGCACCUGACUAAACGCAAGCGCUGACUUGUGCGCCUAUGCUUCGUUUGCACUGAAGUAGCAGUAUAUGACCACGACAGACUUGCUGCUAUCCUUGGUUUGAAACCGCAAUGGGCAAGAACAAUUUCUUGAAAAGAGCAAACUAUUUCCCCCUUAGCAGACAUGGAGAAGAACUACUAGGACUUAAGCAAUGCCAUUGCUUAAGUCCUACUAGACUUGAAAAGAGAAAACAUGAUGCUUUCUCUUUUUAAUGAUUUACGGCUAAACAGUACAAUUUCAUGUAGCUUUUACGCAAAAUUAAAUACUUAGUUGUUUGCAGAUUUGCAUUUAACAACGAAUUACAGAAAUUUAACUAAGUUUACAUCUCAUAGAUAAGAAUUGAACGAAAAAAACUUUUGGGGUAAAAAAGUAAAAAAAUAAUGUUUGAUGGAAAAUCACUUAAUGGACAUACAAUAGCAGAGAUAUCAUGCCUGUAAUUUUCUGUUCAAUGCACCUUAUGACAAGUCUGACUAAUCCACUGGUAACCCAUGCCUUAAAACCGCCGUGAACCUUAAAAUUUAAUCCAUUUGCCUUUCAUGCGUAGUGCAAAUAUAUCUUCUGAACACUCCGGGGUUAGGGGUAAAAUCAGAAGAACAGAACAUUCAGUUACUGUACCAUUUUUAAAAGUGGGACAGUAUGUUUGCUAAUCAUCUUAGUUAACCGCUUUUAAAAUAGGACAAAAGGACACCUGGUCAUACAGGAAAAUGAAUUUACUGUAUCCCGAAAGCUUUGGUUACACAUGCACUUAUUUUUCGCUGGAGACAAUCUAUAAUUGCCUGGUCACGCAAUCGGAGGUGAGUAACUAAUUUUAAUUAGUUACUCACCUGACUUUUAAAGCCGCUUAGCAAAUACACUACGUGCUGCAAAGGAUCCAAAUUGCGCUAGACUGUUUUCCUAUUCUGCCCACUUUUUAUCACAGGUAAGGCACUGCAAAGCUGAUUCAUUUACGAAGGUUCGAGAGAGAAUUAUUUCAUGAUGUUAUUCUGAUUUCGCAGUCACGGGAAAACAGACCUAGACUCAGGUCCACUCGCAGACGCCAUGGUACAAUCUACAAGAUCUCAAAAACAGAAAUUACCCAUUGAACGGCCUCUCCUUUUGAAGAUUGCGUGUAUUUCAUUAAAACUGGUACAUAUUAAAAGAAUCUUGUUAGUUUCUCCCUUUUAACGAGCUCAAAUCGAUGCAUAAAACUAAGGUGACGUGCACGUGUCAAUUGACCCUGGGGUCAAUUAGCAGUUGUUUGGGGCAAAAUAACUUCAAAAUAAUCAAUCUAUUUCACAAGCGUUCGCAAGAACACCAGACUAACUUUCAGAUAAUGUUGAAGUACUAUAUCUCAUUAGGUAGUAAGCGGGAUUUGGGGUGAUUUGGAGAAUUCCCCCAUAUAGAAAAUUCGAUUUUGGUUUUAGCGGUAAAUUGUUGUAUUUAUAAGCAUUAUGCGAAUUACGUUUCAAAAUUCUGCUGGUUCGUCGAUAUUUUAUACUCUAAAUCUAAAAAAUAAGCCAUUCAGAAAUUGUUAGAUAUCUGCUUUUUGAGAUUUAAGUGGAAGAUUGGCAAUAUAUUCGCUCGUUUAUGAAAUUCAGCUCAUUUCUGUCGCUAGGCUAUAUUGCCUUGUUCGGCGGCUAAUUUUAGGCCCGCAGACCGUUGAAAUCGAAAAUCUCAAAUAAUUCCCAAACUCGGCCGCAUUUUGAAAAUUAAACCUCAGCAGUGUUAUAAAUUCAUUAAAACCUUAUUACAGACUUAAAAUGAGGGUAGGUUAGGUUUUGAGCUGUGGCCACGGUUUGCUCGAUUUUUCUGUGCAUUCGCUCUUAAGGUGAUUCAUAAAAGAACCUAACAUAGAUUGUAGAUGAAACUUAGUACACUGAUAGAACAAGUCAAGAGGAUGUUAAAAAAGUAUUGAAAAGUGGGUGUUGCAGUGCUCGUUUUCACGUCACAAUGCUGACAAAUACGGCUAUUCAAGAUCCCUUGGCAAAAACCGCGCGCAGCCUAAAACUAGACAAAAAGCAGAGAUUUAUUUCAUGAUGCAUGUGGUAUCGCACAGAAUUUGACUUAAAUGUAUAUUUUAUCCACUUGUGCACCAGAAAAACGCCUUUUAAUGUCCUUGUUUUCACUUUACGCUCCAAAGUAGACUUAAAUUGGACACGCGCUAUUCGACCCUUCAUAGCUCAAUCCGUCUAAUUUAUUAAAUUUGCCAAGAAACUGAACACAGAUUUAUGCCAAUUUUUUUUCUCAUGGAAAGGAAGCACUGUUCGUGUUAAAAUCGUAAAGUAAAAAAUGGGGGUCACCGUACUUGUUUUUACUGCAGAAAAUGUGCAUCCAUGCAUUUCCUCCGAUGUUUGAGAGAGGACUGGGGCGAGUUACAAAAUGGCAUGUGUGUGGAAGGGGGAAGAAAGCAUUAAAAAACAACCGUUUUUACGGAAUUUACAUCGAGAUAUCACAGUAAGGACGCAAGAUGGCGCUGAAAAAAAAUUAAAGUGAGUUAGCACAAGUCUAACAUGCACCAUCGAGGUUCUACAUGAGGAAGUCGAACUCAGCAAUACGCGUAUUGCUUACAAUGCACAUUCCCAACACAUUGAGUCUCAUCUCGGCAAGAAACAAUCGCAAGAGAAAAUUCCAAUAGCGUUUCUCUUCAGUCAACUUCAUUUUAAUAAUGUUACUUCAGAUUCUCUUUUCAUGGCGGCCAUCUUGUUAGGCGCAGUAAGUGAUGCGCAGUGCAAAACUAGCGAAUCACCUUAAACAUUUAUGCCUAAAACAUUACCUUACACAUUGUAUUAAGUGUUUAUUCUGUAUUUGUGCGAUGCAAAACGAGAACGGUCAGAAUUUGCCCCUCCUUGAUAAGCCCCUCCAAUUAAAAGCCCCGCAAACUCGUAAUACAAAAAAACCUCCGUAAAAUCGCCUCUGCGACUAUAAGACCCGGGGGUUUAUCCUUGGAAAUUGCCCUCAAAUGCAAAACAAAACAAAGCAAAAAGGUACAGUAACACACAAUAUUUUUCACUUGCCAAAGAACUAUUACGUGUGCCAAAUGAUGUAGUAAAAAAGUAUCACAGUUAAUUGCUGUGUCGGCGUAGUUCACUCUUGGCUUCAAUUUGUUUUUGUUUAGAUUCAUGUUUUCGUGUGAACGUUGUACCAUACUUUAUUAUUGGCGUUACCUUACCUUUGAACUGGGUAUUGCGUUUUCAAUAAAGUAAUUUGCGGUUGUAUGCUAAGUUUGCGUUUAAGAAAGGUAUACGUCCUCACGGCGAGUUUCAGUAAAAACGUCGUGCAAAGUACCGACGUAAAUCUUUUUCCAACUUUGAGCUAGCCCAAUAAAUUUUGAGACGCAAAUUUCUAUCCAAGUAUAAGCCUAGCCGAUUUUGUCACGCAAAUUUCCCUUCGUAUAUAUGCCCCUCCGAAUAUAAGCCCCUCCAAGAAUAAACCCCUCAAAAAGGGCUUUUGAGAAAUAUAUUUUCGUAAUGAUAUGGUAUAUAAUCACGUGUAUAACAAUUCCUUUUUCCUUCGCAGUAUUAAUGAUGGCAUACUGGAGGUAGCCGGUCUGUAUUCCGCCCUUCACAUUGCUAGAUUACAAGUUAAUAUGGCCGACCCUUUGCGUCUUGGUCAGGCAAAAACGAUUAAGGUAAGCAGGUUGUAACAGGACACUUGUUGCGUUUAUUUGUACUUGUUGUUUGUUUUAAAACCAAUAGAGAUUUACAUGGCCGCGCGGAGAUACAAAAUUUCUCUUCGAGCGAGUGAAGACAGCGAACGAGUGAAAUAUUUUUGAACACGAGAAGAGAAAUUUCGUCUCUCCAAGCGGCCAUGUGAUGUUCUAUUUAUUAUAUAAACACCAACGAAAAUCCAAACCAUUUCACUUAAAUAUUUUUUUGCUGCAAAAGGCGCGACUUAUUAUGUAGCCUUAGCAACGGUGAUCUUUUCACAUGUGAAAAUAACAUGUUAUUUUCCACGUGUGAAGAUAUCAUGUUUUCUCUCGAAAGCUCACCUGGUUCUUCAUUGUUUUUUAUAUAAUAAAACCUUAUAUCUAUUUUACCUUGACUUUGAUCUGAAUGGUAAAUUUUGAAGUGCUGAAGUGAUGCCGUCUUGUAAUUUAUGUGAUUAGAUAAUGUCUUGCUGUAUGAUUGUUACUGAUCGCGACUUUUGGACCGGUUACUGCUGGUUUUCCUGGAUAGUCUUGAUGCCAUAGUCUCCUCCGUAAAGAGAAAUUUAAGGCUUCUUUACAUCAGCUCCUUUUACAUACUUGAAAAGUGGAGGAUACUUUUGUUGACACACCUACUUUAACUACAUGUAAUAAACUAAGCAAGGUGACAUGAAAUGUAAAAAUGAACAAGUUUGUAAUUUUGAAACGUUGUAUUGUAAAAACUUCAGUCCAUUCUUCUUGUGUCAUUUAUAUAGAUAUAUCUUCCUUUUCCUUUCCUUUUCUUCUCUAACUUUCUUCCUAAUAAUAUAAAUUAGUUUAUGUUUUCCUCUACCGCCUUGAUUAUCCAAGGCUAUAUGCGAAAAGACGAUGUUUUUAUGUACAUUUAUGGUUGCGUUUGAUUUGAUUUGUAACUUCUAUGGAGACAAUAACCUUCGGGGCUUCUAAUGGCUACAGUCCUGACUCCCGAGUACACCUUACAUGAUCCAAGCAGUAAAUCAGAGCUGUUUGUAGGGAUGAAAACGUGUCUGGCUUCUUACUCGGCGGCCUGUUGUCCCACUUUACUUUAGAUGCUACUGCAUUUCAAACUGACUUCAGUAUGCUCGAAAAAUUAACAGCAACAUGUAUACAGUGAAACCUGUAUUAAGCGGACACCGUAUUAAGCGGACACCCUGUAUUAAGCGGACAGUAGCCGAAGCCCCCCAAUUUAUUUCCCUUAUUUACUUUAAAUGAAACCUGUAUUAAGCGGACACCUCCAUUAACAACUGGUACUACAAUCAAUUGGUCCACUUUGACAAAGAAAUUAAUGCAAACGUAUAUCAUCAUUGUCUCUCUCGGGGAGUAUUCUGAACCUUUUCAUUGUUCAUUUGAAUGGCAUUUGACACUUCAUAUGACGUUAUCUAUCGAAACCUGUAUUAGGCGGACACCCUGUAUUAAGCGGACACCACAGCAUUCCCCGAGGGUGUCCGCUUAAUAAAGGUUUCACUGUAUUGCAAUAGAAAACCAAUAAGUAUUGUCUUUUUGGAGCCUUUUUUUGUUUUAAACGCGAAAAUUUCUCCCAGUUUUCGUCACUCCGGUUGUCAACUCUUUGCCUCGUUUUCAACAGCUCACUCUGAAGGAUACCAGGUCCCUCCCGGUUCAAGUUGACGGAGAGCCCUGGGAAGAAGGGCCCUGUGUAAUUACAAUAACUUGCCAUAAUCAAGCUCUUAUGCUAAGCAAGGAGGAAAAACAGUUCUUGGCGUAGUGAACUAUGACAACUAAACACAACCAAGCUGUUUUGCUAUGCAAGAAGGGAAAACAGAUUUUGGCAUGAUCUACGUUAUUUCAUCACAACCAAGGUCUUAUGUUGGGGACAGAAAGAAAAACUUACAGCUGUAAGUGGGAACUACGAUCAUCGCCAGUUAACCUUUCCACCCCGUCCCAGACCCUAGUAAACAGACAGACCCUACAAUUAUGUUGUAAAAUUGCUCCACUGAAAUUGCAUGGUUUUACCGUUCAAAUGAGCGGGCAGUAAUAGAGGAACAAACCUCUCAUGAUUUUUACGGCGAACUUCAGGGGAGAUAAACAUUAUGCUGACGAACGCCGAGCGAGCGAGUGUCCGGCGUUACCGGAAGCCAAUUGCCUUUACAUGUAGUUUACGCACGUAAUUAUUUGUGUAUGAUAUAUUCAUUUUUAAUGGCUUUUAAUAGCAUUUUCUCGAUCGACGGUGAUAUUCUAGAAAGGGGAGUACGUUAUACACUUAAUGUCAAAUCCCGAGAGAAGCAGUUAGUUUUGUUUUCCUGAGAAUCCUUAUUUUGUUAUAUUUCUAGACUUUCAUUUCAACAGCAACAAAAGAAUAAUCGGAGCGAAUCAAGACAGUCGACUCGAUACUUUAUAAGAACACAAAUUUAAUUCUCAGAACCACUGAAUGAAUGAUUUACAAAGUACUUUCCUUAUAUUCUCUGCAUCUUUUUCCUCCACUAGCUGCUGUUCCUCUUCUGAGAAUCGUUGCUUUUUUAAUAGCUUGAGGCUUCGUGUUUGUCGACUGUUGUGUUCAUUCGUGAAAAAGAAAACUGGCAGUGUUUUUCCCGCCUUCUGUCACGCCACUUGCCUCCGGUUCCACCAUUGUUUGAUGACUUGCUGUAAUGUAUCACGAUCGUGAUACAUUUGAUUUUAGUCAAGGCCAUGUGACCAAGAAUCAACCAAUUACAGUCCCUGUUUAGUUGAGUGAAAGUCAAGGGAUAUAACAACAAUAUGUAUCGCCACUGAGACGAGGUUUCGUAAAUUCCUUGACGUUGGAAAAAGCAUGAAGCCACUUUUUUUCUGGUUUAUUACGAACUGCUAACAGUUUGUCAAUAUCGUAUAAUGAAUGAAUUAUCAUCUACUACUGUAAGGAAAAAUAAGAGGACUAACUCGUUGCGCUCCUGACGAACUGGAGGAAAGGAACUUCCUGCCCAGUUUCUAUCAACAAAGUGUAUAGGAUAAUAACAUGCGCUUUUGUCAAAUAAAUGCUUUAAGAAGCAAAUAUCAUAGCAGGUGUUGAAUUCAACAGAAAUAAAGUAUACGC